GCUUCUGUUAAUCAUCUCCAGCCUAGCCCAGUGCGCCUGGACCUGGGGGGUAGCUCGUGGGGUUUAGUCGUAAGUGAUGCCACGCGUGUUCACCUGCCUUAUUUGGUUUGGGCAGAGAGCGGUAACUGGGGGAAGUUUGGGCAAACUAGGGGUAUUACUUUCUUUUGAGGUCAGUUGUGAAGAGGAUUUCAGUUCUUUUGUGGUCGCCUCAUCUGAAAUGCCAAAACACCCUAAGUAUUCUGAGCUAAUUGACUCUAUAUCUCUUGCCGUGGGAAAAGGAAAGAUGGGAGCGCUGAGAACAUUAAAAGCCCUAGAUCUGUGGCAAAAAGAAAAUAUUUGAACAACUAAAAGAGGUGAAACGGUCCUCAGGAGGCUGGCUUGAUUCCAGUUUUCAACUAGAGGCACAGAGCAUGGAGAAUGAUGAACUUCCGCCAGAGGAUGGGAUGGAUUGGAGUGGGGCUGUAUCUGUUAGCAAGUGCUGCUGCAAUUUAUUAUGUUUUUGAAAUCAAUGAAACUUACAACAGACUAGCAUUGGAACACAUUCAGCAACAUCCAAAAGAACCACAAGAAGGAACCACAUGGACACACUCCUUGAAAGCUCGACUACUUUCUUUGCCUUUUUGGCUAUGGACAAUUAUUUUUUUAAUCCCAUACUUACAGAUGUUUUUGUUCCUGUAUUCUUGCACAAGAGCUGACCCCAAAACUGUGGGUUAUUGUAUCAUUCCUAUAUGCCUGGCUAUUAUUUGCAAUCGCCACCAAACUUUUGUCAAAGCUUCUAAUCAAAUCAGCAGAUUACAACUGAUUGAUACAUAAAAUGAACACUUUUCCAAACUAAUUAUAAAAUUGCAAGUACUGUAUCAAGUUUAAUCACAAGACUGAGGUUCUCAAGUUUACAGAGGAAGUUAUGGUUGGGCUGAGCCUUUCUUUUUGAAAUGUGACAAGAGGCAAUUUUUUAAUAACGAGUUUUUAGAUAGACAGUGGUAUACAGUGCUGGAAUCAUGUUGACUUCAAAUAAGGAUGUUAUUCAGAUUUUCUUUGGAAGCAAGAUCACGUCAUUUCACCUAGAGCUUCUAGAGGACAUACAUCUAGACUCUGAUUCUGUUUUAUUGUGCAAGGAAAUAAUGAUUCAGAAAUCUUUCCUUUGGGCAAAAGUAAAUAGCUACACAUACUUCCUUUGUAUUAAAUGUAAAAAGUUCCUAACAUGAUUAUAAAAUUUAAAUUUUACAUAAA